AUGAGGCAUUGCAUUAAUUGUUGCAUACAGUUAUUACCAAAUGACUUGCACAAACAGUGUUUCAGAUGCCGUGGGUCUAAUCAUAUUAACCAGAAGUGUCCUGUGUGCAAACAAGGAAAUAUAAUUCCUUUGUAUGUGGAUAGUAAGCAGAUGAACUUGCUAGCAGUUUUGGAAGUAAGGACUGAUCAUAAUGAAAGCUGGAAUGGAUUUUUUUGCUUGAGGAAAGGGAAGCUAUGCAGCUUGAUAUUUGGGUUGAUAAUAAUGACUUUAGUGAUGGCAUCAUACAUACUGACUGGAGCCAAACAUGGCCUAUUACUAAUACCUUCGCCAUUCCAUUAUGGAGCUUUUACUGGCAAUCCAAACUUAAUGGACAAUGAAAGCCUUAGUGAGACGAAAGACCAUUACCAGCCUUCUAAAAUUAAUAUUUCAUAUGUAAGGGAUUACCCAAGCAUUAAAUUAAUUAUUGACACUAUUACUUCAAAGAUUGAGUUUAUAAACAGACAACGUCCAGAUUUAGAAGACCUGAAGAAACAAGAACUGCAUAUGUUUUCAAUAAUUCCUAAUAAAUUCCUUCCAAAUAGCAAGAAUCCUUGUUGGUAUGAAGAAUAUAGAGGAAAUACUACAACAGAUCCUUACACAACAAACUCAUAUGCACUGUAUUCAAAGCGUUUUCGGACCAUAUUUGAUUACCUCAGAAAAGUAUUUUGGAACCACUUGUAUCAUUAUAAGGAUAAGCACUAUCGGCUGCGCUGUCUUCCUCAUUUCUACAUAAUAGGCCAGCCAAAAUGUGGAACGACCGAUCUUUAUGACAGGCUCAGGUUACACCCAGAUGUUAGAUUCUCAGCAAUUAAAGAACCACACUGGUGGACAAGGAAGCGAUUUGGAAUAAUUCGUCUGAGGGAUGGAUUUCAUGAUCGCUACCCAGUGGAAGAUUACCUUGAUCUGUUUGACUUGGCUGCAUAUCAGAUUCAGGGUGUGUUACAGAGUGAUGUAACAAAAGGGCACAGCAAGAUGAACCACAUCAUCAUUGGAGAGGCCAGUGCUUCUACAAUGUGGGAUAACAAUGCCUGGGUUUUCUUCUAUGACAACAGUACUGAUGGAGAACCUCCAUUUUUAAUCCAGGAUUUCAUCCAUGCUUUCCAGCCCCAUGCCAAACUUAUCGUCAUGCUGAGGGAUCCUGUUGAAAGAUUGUAUUCGGAUUAUCUGUACUUUGCAAGUGCGAAUAAAUCCGCAGAAGACUUUCAUGAAAAAGUGGCAGAAUCCCUGCAGCUGUUUGAAAAUUGCAUGCUGGAUUACUCACUGAGAGCCUGUGUCUACAACAACACCCUUAACAAUGCCAUGCCUGUGAGGCUACAGGUUGGCCUUUAUGUUGUGUAUCUUUUGGACUGGCUGACUGUUUUCGACAAGGGUCAGAUACUAGUUCUCCGCUUAGAGGAUCAUGCAUCCAAUGUUAAAUACACCAUGCAUAUGGUGUUCCAGUUUCUGGAUUUAGGGCCUAUAAGUGAGAAACAAGAAGCUCUAAUUACAAAGAGUCCUGCAUCAAACACUAGACGUCCUGAGGACCGAAAUCUGGGACCCAUGUUACCAACGACAAAGGCAAUUCUAAGAGACUUCUAUAGGCCUUUUAAUACAAAACUGGCACAAGUUCUUUUUGAUGAUGCUUUUUUAUGGAAAAAGACAUAA